GAAUGAGGUCCAUUCCAGGUGGUUUGGUCCGACCUGGAAUGAAGUCAAGCCUCAAUAAAAAUUGUUGUUCGAUUGGCCUAGUUCGGAACCAAACCUGGAGCGGUUUGGUUUCACUCCUUCACUUCGAGACCCAGAAGCAAUCUCCACCUCCAACGCUCCGGAACGAAUCCAAGGCGUGAUGGCCCUGACUCGCGGCGGCGCUGCGGUAGUCGGCGCGGGAGGUGUCCCGCUUGUCGUCCUCCGCGCGGGACCUCUCCCACCGCGCGAUGCCCGACGACGAGUCCGACGAGGCCAGGUUGGCCGGCGCCGACGGGGAGAAGGGUUUCGCGGCCGGCGCGGCCAGGCCGGCGACGCCGACGGGGAGAAAAGCUCGGCGGCCGGUGUGGCCAGGCCGGCGGCAGGGUUCCAGGAGCACGUGGUGGUCAUCAUGGGCGGUGAGGAGAGGCCGACCUUCCUCGCCAUACCGGCGGCCAGCCGAGCCAUCGUGGAGCUAGGAGCCAUGCCAACGGCGCCGGCCUCAUGCGGUGGAUCUGGCUCAGGAGAGGAGAAGAAAGCGCCGGUGCAGGAUGACAGCGGCUGUGCAGAGCAGACCAGCUCGCAGCUGCGGCUCGGAGCGGACGACGACGCGGGCAUCGGGAAAGCAGCAGCAGCAGCACGACGGCGCUGCAAGAAAAUUUGCAAUAAAAAGCAGGCUAUGCCAGGUUGUAUCAUGUUUAAAGAUGUACCACUUGAGCAUGAAGAUGAUCUUCGCAUCAUGUUUGAUUCAAUUAUCUAUACAAAUGAGAGCUCAUUUGUACCAGGGGCUACUGAAGAUGACCCUACAUGUGAAGGUGAGGGUGCCAUUGCAGGGGCAGUGGUGUUGAUGGUCAGGUUGAGGAAGGGGAUGGUUCACCCAAGUUGUCACCCAAUGUCCAGCAGCGUAUCACAGGGAAAAGGUCUGCUCAUGAUUCUCCCAAGGGAAAGAAGAAGAAUACUUUGAGAGAUCAGUAUAUGAGACGAUUGGUUGAAGCAUAUGAGUUGAAGGCACAGAGUAGUUCUGCAACUUCUCCUGCUGUAAACCCUGUUAGAGAUGAGAUCACUCAAUUGAUGGACUUGGUCAUUCAGGAUGGGGCUAAAGAGGAUAGUGAUGAACACUUUUAUGCCACACAACUUCCUUGUAAAAGGGAGAAUCGUGAUGUCUUUAUGACUUUAAAGACAUCAAAUGGUAGAUUAAACUGGCCGAGGAGAGCAUGGGAGGCGAGGAAGCGUUAGUGUGUGUUAUGUAUAGGCUACUAUUAUUUCCUUCAUGUCUAACACUAGCUUUUCGAACU